UAACUCGGUCGGCUCUCUCUCUCUCUUAACAAAGCUUCAACUUGCACUUUGCUCCCAAAAGCGUUCACGCUCGAGCCCGACGAGCAACUUUCGCUCUGCACGAUCCAUUACUUUGUUGGGGCUCACAGCUGUUGGAACAUUCCGCUCUUUCUACUGUACUGCACUUAGUGUUGCUUGUUGUUAGUAAAAUUGUAAACGGCCCGAUCCAAUAAUGUCACACAUCAAGAAACUCAUACCAAAGACGGUCAAUCCCGACCUGCUGAAGGAGCGCACGGACGCCGAGUUCAAUGUGGAGGAGUUUGCUGCAUGGUGGCAGGGCGGCCAGGAGAAGCUGAACACCAAACGCGAAGUCGAAAGGGCAAUCUUUAGCGAUCUGGAGGACGGCUAUGGACUGAAUCAUGAGUACAUGUCACACGAGGAUGUCUACAAUUCGAGCGUAAAGAAAGUGGCAGAAGCCGCCGUCAAGCUGAAGGCGCUCCAGAACAAGAUCAACCCAGGCGGCAACGACAUUUGGCCAGGUUUGCUAUACAAUGUGGAGAGCCACGGACUCUUUCCCGCCAACCAUCCACUGGCCACGCACAUCACCAUGUUCGUGGAUGUGAUCAAUGGUCAGGGCACGCCGGAGCAGGUCGAGAAAUGGGGCAAGGCGGCCGAGAACUGCAACAUCAUUGGCACCUACGCCCAGACGGAGCUGGCUCACGGCACCAAUGUGCGAGGUAUAGCCACGCGGGCGGACUUUGACCCUAAGACGGACGAGUUUGUUCUACACACCCCCAAUUUGGAGGCCUACAAAUGGUGGCCCGGCGGCUUGGGACACACGGCGAACCACGCCAUGGUAGUGGCACAGCUGUACAUCGCCGAUGUCCACCACGGAGUCCAAAUGUUUAUUGUGCCUGUGCGCGAUGCAGAGACUCACAUGCCACUGCCCGGCGUCGACAUCGGAGAGGUGGGGAAGAAACUGGGAAUGGUGGCUGUCAACCAGGGAUUCUUGGGGCUGGACAAUGUCCGCAUUCCACGCACCAACAUGCUGAUGAAGUUCGCCAAAGUGGAGAGAGAUGGCACCUUCAAGGCCAGCCCCGCCUCGAGGGUCAACUAUCUGACCAUGGUCUACACCCGCUGCCUGAUUGUCAACCUGACCUCCACUCUGCUGCUGGAGGCGGCUACCAUUGCCACCCGAUACUCGGCCGUGCGCCGCCAGAGUCCCUUUGAGGCCAAUCAGCCGGAGCCUCAGAUCAUUGAUCAUGUCACGCAGCGCCUGAAGCUCUUUCCGGAAAUAGCCAACGGCAUGGCAUACCACCUGGCCGCAGAGCACAUGUGGGAGAUAUACGCCCAGACGGUGGAGGAGGCCAACAGCGGCAAGUUCGACCGACUGCCCGACAUGCACAUCCUGUCCUGUGCGCUCAAGGUCCUUGCAACAACAGACGGCUGUGCGGGCAUCGAACGGCUGCGUCUCUCUACCGGCGGACACGGCUACCUGACUGCUGCCAACAUGAGCAACAUCUACGGAAACGCUGUGGCAGCCUACACCUACGAGGGCGAGAACACAGUGCUGCUCCUGCAGAUUGGACGCGCUCUGGUCAAGGCCUGGGCUGCGUUUGUGGAGAAGAAACCCGUCUCGGCUUCCUACGGCUAUUUUGCGACAUCCAUGCAGCUGAAGCAGUCCCCAAAAUGGGACAACUCCAGGCAGUGCAUCAUCCAGGCCCUCCAGUAUACGGCCGCUCAGAAGACUCGCAUUGCCUUCGAGAACCUAGCAGAGCGCAUGGCCAGUGGCCAGUCGCAGGGUGUGGCAGCCAACAACACAGGCAUUGAACUGGCCCGAGCAGCAGAGCUGCAUGGCCGUCAGUUUGUUUGCCAAACAUUCCUCGAGCAAGUCACAGGUCCCAAGGCACAAAAGCGUUCGGCGGCUCUCAACAAGAUUUUGGAGAAUGUGCUGGAACUUUUCCUGGUCCAGACUGUGCUCAAUAACAUGAACGAUGUUCUGAGAUUUAUCAGCCUCACCGAUGCAGACCUCAAGUCACUGCAAAAACGCUUGGAGGUGGCUCUGGAGAAGUUCCGUCCCAAUGCAGUGGCCGUUUGCGACGGCUUCGGCUUCCACGAUCGCGUCCUCAACUCGGUGCUGGGCAGCUAUGAUGGCAAUGUCUAUCCCCGACUGUUCGAUUCGGCCAAGCGCAGCACCAUGAACCAAAAGCCAGUCCAGAAGUCCUUCGAGACCUAUCUGAAGCCUCUGAUGAAGGCUAACUUGUAAAUUGUCCCGCUCUAGGUCAUGCUCUAUCUUUGAUCUGUUUUGUUUAUCUAUCGAUAAUAUACGAUAAAUAAAUUUGAAUAACCGAAAA